AGGACAGGGUGGGGGUCCUUUCUGAAUGCCUUUACAGGGUUUCUGGUGGUGGGUUUGCUGCAGGCAUGGGUUCACUCUCCUGGGCAGGGAGUAUGGGGAGAAGGAGGAAGAGGAGGAAUCAUUCGAGAUGAAGAGCACCCAGGUCCAGAUGAACAGCAGAAACGGGUCUGUAGAGGUUGGAGUGGCCCAGCCAGUCCGGGCAACCAAUGGCUUGGAGAGGCAGUUACAUGUCUCUGAAGAAAAACACAGUUUGAUAACUCCAAGCAACAAGGUUAUGUGCAAGGACGAUCAGGAUGCCAUUGUUAAAGGCUGGUUGCAACGCGAGGCGAGCGGAGAAGCAAGACGCCCUUGGUCCAGACUGAAGAAAUACUGGUUUGUCUUGACUCCAGAUUCCUUGGAUUGUUACAGUAGCAAUGAGAAACCUAACAAACGGGUGGGAAGCCUGGUCCUCACCAGCCUGUGCUCGGUCAUGUGGCCAUCCAAGCAGACGUACAAGGAGACAGGCUACUGGAAUGUAACAGUAUACGGGAGGAAGCACUGCUACCGGCUGUAUACAGAGCAUCUCAAUGAGGCAGUGCAUUGGGUGUGUGCCAUCCAGAAAGUAAUCGACAGCAAAGACCCACUGGAGACACCCACACAACUGCUUAUUAAAGACAUUGAAGAGAACCAGUCUAACCAGGAAAACGUGGAUGAAAUCUACAAGCUCAACCCCAUCCUGCGUCACACAAAGAGUCCUCUAUAUGCACCGCUUUUACCCUUUCCCUGCGGAUCCGAUGAUCAUUCUUUCCAUAACAUCAAGGGUUACACAGCUUUGCGGGAUGAGGCAGUGAAGCUCUUCAAUUCCCUCCAACAAAUGGAGAUAGAAAGAGACCCUGUACCACUGAUGCAGGGGGUCCUCCAAACGUGCCUAGACCUUCGACCUCUACGAGACGAGGUUUACUGCCAAGUCAUCAAGCAGACCACUGACCCCCCAGAACCUGGUAGUUUGUCUAACCUCAGAUACUGGCAGCUACUUACCUGUAUGAGUUGUACUUACUUGCCUAGCCCCGCUGUCCUCCGGUUUCUCCAGUCCCACCUACACAGAACUCAGACCCAUUUCCCUGACACAGAAAUGGAGAAGUACGCUGACUUCAUCCUAGCAUCUCUGGAGAAGACGAAACAACGAGAAUAUGUUCCAUCCUACGAGGAGAUCUCAGUACUUAUUCAGAGGCAGGCACUGAUAUGCACUAUAUACUACCCUGGAUCUGGUGUCUGUAAAGUUCCUAUCACUUCUCACACCACUGCUGAAGAGCUGGUUGCUGAGCUGAUGAAAAGACUCGAUCUGAGUUCCAGUCUAAACUUAUUUGCCCUCUACGAGCAGAACAACCAAUAUGAGCAAGCACUGGGCAAAGCCACUAUCAUCGCUGACACUCUCACCAGGUUUGAAAACCUUACCUGUAAAGAUAAAGGGUUUGAAACAAGAUGGAGGUUGUACUUCAAGCUGUACUGUUUCCUUGACCUGGAGGAUAUACCUAAAGACAGUAUGGAAUACUCUUUCCUUUUUGAACAGGUCCAUGAAGCAGUCAUCCAAGGUUACUUACCAACAAAUGAAGAGACAUUACAGUCACUGGCUGCUCUCCGUCUACAAUUCCUCAAUGGUGACUUUUCCCCCAAUGCACCAUUUCCACGGCUAGAGGAACUCUUCCCUAUUUACAUUCUUCACUCCCGUGUCUUGGCAUCCAGUAAACCCCCUGUAACACCAAGGACUCCCUGCCCCAGCUUUCACAAAGGCCUUUUCUCUGGAGCUCUCCCCAAUGGGCUGUGGAACAAUUCCCUGGUUAAACAGAAGGCUGAAGAAAGCCAAAAGUUCAAGGGUCGGGUAAAAGAGGAAGGGGCCAAUAUGAUGUCUGCUAUUGUAGACAAAUGGAAGGCCCUUAACAGCAUGGAGAGAACAGAGGUCAUGACCUCAUAUUUAGCUAUAGUGAAACAGUGGUCGGGUUAUGGAUCCACGUUGUUUGAAAUUGACUUCUACAUGAGUUCAGCAGGGAACUUCUCACAGCGGCUGUGGUUGGGUGUCAGCGCCUCGUCCCUGAGCCUGUACAAGCAGGGAGAAGUGGAGCCAUUCGAGAACAUUCAAUACAAACAGAUCACAUCUUUUGGGGUAUCAGACAGCUCCACUUUUAAAGUGUCUGUGGGAGAGAAAGAAAUGACCUUUGAAACUUCUAAGGUGGACGAGAUUGCUCAGCUGAUUAAUACAUACCUCACCUGUAUCAGUACUGGGCCUCACAUGACAGGAGAAGGCGACAGCAAUGUAUCUGAAGAGAUAAGCGAGGUGGUGUGAUCUGAACUACCUGGUACCUUUCAUAUCUGACAGCUGCCAAUGCCUGUGCACGUCCUUGUAUCGGCAAAUGAGAGGAGACCUAACGCUAGCGGUCGACUGCUUGGUUUGCCCUCAUGAGUAAACAUGGACUUACAGUUUUGAAAGCAGAUAAGACUGUGUCAUAUGCAGACAUCAACAUGUGAAUACUGGGCUUUCCAUCAAACCAAAAAACGAUUUCCCUCCGUAGCACCCCUCAGGUCCUGCCAUGUUGUUUUCUUAUAUAAUUCAACCAUUUACACAGCCAGAAAUAUAUAUAUAGCAUAUUUAUAUACCACCAGAAAAGGACU